AUGACUUCAAUCAUAAAACUACACGCUAUAUCGGGAGCAAUGGACGAAUCUCCUCCAUGCUAUAUACUGCAAGUGGACGAUGUUCGAAUUUUGCUCGAUUGCGGAUGGGACGAAAAAUUUGAUCAGGGGUUUAUUAAAGAAAUAAAAAAGUAUGUUCAUACCAUAGACGCCGUACUGCUGUCUUAUCCAGAUGGUAGUCAUUUAGGUGCAUUGCCGUAUUUAGUAGGAAAACUUGGUCUUAACUGUCCUAUAUAUGCGACGAUUCCUGUAUACAAGAUGGGGCAGAUGUUUAUGUACGACAUGUUUAUGUCCCACUAUAAUAUGCACGAUUUCGAUCUAUUUUCACUGGACGACAUAGAUGCAGCAUUCGAUAAAAUAGUUCAAUUAAAAUAUAAUCAAAGCGUGUCGAUGAAGGGCAAGGGUUACGGGAUUACGGUUACGCCCUUACCCGCUGGGCAUCUGAUUGGUGGAACUAUCUGGAAAAUUGUAAAAGUAGGCGAGGAAGACAUAGUGUACGCGACGGAUUUCAAUCAUAAGAAGGAAAGGCACCUCAAUGGAUGUGAACUGGAGAAACUGCAACGUCCUUCACUACUUAUAACGGACGCAUAUAAUGCACGGUAUCAACAAGCCCGUCGUCGAGCACGUGAUGAGAAGUUUAUGACCAACAUUCUACAAACGCUCCGGAACAAUGGCAACGUCCUAGUGACAGUAGAUACUGCCGGCCGAGUUUUGGAACUCGCGCACAUGCUCGAUCAAUUAUGGAAGAAUAAGGAAUCCGGCCUAAUGGCUUACUCGCUUGCUCUAUUGAAUAAUCAAAGCUAUAAUGUGGUGGAGUUUGCCAAAAGUCAGAUAGAAUGGAUGAGCGAUAAACUUAUGAAAAGCUUUGAAGGGGCUCGAAAUAAUCCAUUUACAUUCAAGCAUCUUCGUCUAUGUCACACGAUGGCGGAUCUAGCAAAAGUUCCCAGCCCAAAAGUUGUGCUCGCUAGUUCCCCCGAUAUGGAAAGCGGAUUUUCACGCGAACUAUUUAUACAGUGGGCACCGAAUGCCAGCAAUAGCAUUAUUAUUACAAGUAGAUCAUCACCAGGCACUAUGGCUCGCGAUCUUAUAGAAAACGGGGGCAACGGACGCAAAAUUGAAAUGGAUAUUCGGCGUCGAGUAGAGCUGGAGGGUGCGGAACUGGAGGAGUAUAUGCGAACGGAAGGGGAAAAGUUGAGUAGAUCAAUCAAAAAACGUGACCUCGAUGAAAGCAGUUCCGAUUCAGAAGAUGAAUUGGAAAUGAAUAUCAUUACUGGAAAGCAUGAUAUCGUCGUGCGGCCAGAAGGUCGUUCUCAUACCGGAUUUUUUAAAUCGAGCAAGAAAAACUAUGCCAUGUUUCCCUUCCAUGAGGAGAAAAUCAAAUACGAUGAGUAUGGAGAAAUCAUUCAGCCGGAGGAUUAUCGAAUGGCCGACCUUGGACCGGAAACGAACGGAGGAGAUGACAGUAAGGAGAAUUACAUAAAAACGGAAGAAAUAAAAAAAGAAAAAGAUGACGAAGUUACACUGCUGGACAAACCGACAAAAUGCGUUCAAUCACGCAAACCGAUCGAGAUUAACGCACAGGUACAGUUUAUCGAUUUUGAGGGGCGCUCUGACGGAGAAUCGCUUCUGAAGAUUCUUUCUCAGCUGCGACCUCGUCGAGUAGUGGUAGUUCGUGGAUCACCGGCCAACACAGCACAUAUCGAGGAACACUGUCAGCAAAACAUAGGUGCCCGCGUGUUUACACCGAAUCGCGGCGAGAUAAUCGAUGCCACAACAGAAACGCACAUCUAUCAGGUGCGAUUAACGGAAGCGUUAGUUUCCCAGCUAGAGUUCCAGAAAGGCAAAGACGCUGAGGUAGCCUGGGUGAAUGCUCAGAUCGUAAUACGUAACAAACGAAUAGAUACCAUGGCAGAAAAGGACACUGUAGCAAUAGACAAACAAAUUCUAACGCUCGAGCCCUUGCCUCCGGAAGAUUUGCAGCCUCACAAUCCCGUUUUUAUCAACGAACUGAAGCUGAUCGACUUCAAGCAGAUCCUCAUGAAGAGUAACAUUGCAUCCGAGUUUUCAGGUGGCGUGCUCUGGUGUAGUAAUGGAACAGUAGCUCUGCGUCGAGUGGACACUGGUCGAGUUACUAUCGAGGGUUGUAUUUCGGAGGAUUAUUAUAAAAUCAGGGAACUGCUUUACGAACAGUAUGCUAUAAUUUGAAAUGUUACUUGUCUGGAUGUAUUUUUGAAAAUAUUUUCAAUAAACGGAUCGUUCCCAGUUCACUUUUUACGUUUA